AUGAAGGCUGACAAAACAUACGACAACGUAGUCAAGGGAUGCCUCAAGAUAAAAGGGAAAGCCAUCACCAAAAAUAAGAAGAUCGUAGAAGUCGAGGCCACCAAGCCAAAGGACGUAAUAUUCGUUGAAAAGACGAAAACUGAGCGGCAAAUCGUACCUGAUGACGACUUACAGGCAAAGAUUCAGCGAGUUAUAGCGAAUGAUUCUCUAACACCAAGCGAAAAAACGUUCCGCAUUGUGCAGCUUCAGAGGAACGCUAAGAAGAUAGAGGAUCAGCUCAAAAAAACUCACCGAGAGAGGGUGGAAAUGUUUAAUGAGAAGCUAUCCAAACUAUCGCCACGUUAG